AUGAGAGAUGUGAAGGUGGAGCAUCUCAAGGAAUUUGUAGCCGGUCACAAGGGAAGCAAAGGAGGGUUCGUGCAGCUCGGGCUCCUGUUCAUCCUGGCUGCCCUCUGCCAUGUAGGUCACAGCCUGGAGUGCUACAGCUGUAUUAACCCAGCUAAUGGCUGCACUACGGUCGUCAGUUGUUCACAUAAUCAAGAUACUUGUUUCAUCGUUAAAGCCGUGCUACCAAAAACUUACUACCAGUGUUGGAUGUUUGACCGCUGCAGUUUCGAAGCCAUUGCGAAAGCCUUAGGCGAGACGGAGCUUCAGUACCGCUGCUGCCAGGAGAACCUGUGUAACAAAAGUGAUGGGACGAGUAUAUCAGGGAAAACAGCUCUGCUGGGCAUCCUGCUGCUGGUGGCAGUCUGGCGCUUUUGUCUCUAAAUCUACACCAGGAGGGCUUCUCCU